AUUGCUAGGCUGGGCAGAUUUUUCUAUGGAUUCUUCUGAUUCCCUCGUGACUCUCACAAGGAUGGAGCUUGGAGGUGCACACCCAAGUAACACUGGUGAUUGGUGUCUAUGAUAGGCUUCUCACGGCAGCCCUUAGAGGUAUCCAGAAAUGGAGAGAAAGAUAAGCAGAAUCUAUCUUGCUUCCAAACCCAGUGUAAUUCAUUUUUUACAAGUGUCUUGGGACAAAAUGCUAGGAUCUGGUUUUGUUAUUACACUUACCGAUGGUCAGUCAGCGUGGAUUGGAACAGUUUCUGAGUCUGAGAUUGGCCAAGAAGCAGAUGACAUGGCGAUGGAGAAAGAAAAAUACGUGGAUGAGCUAAGGAAAGCCCUAGUGUCAGGAGCUGACCCCGUGGAUGCAUACCAGUUUGACUUUUCCGAAGAGGACUGCUGUUUCUCCUGUGAGAAAACCCUGAAAGAUGUUUCAUUUAGACUUGGUUCCUUCAACCUAGAGAAAGUUGCAAACCCAGCUGAGGCCAUUAGAGAAUUUAUUUGUUACUGCUUGGACAGCAUCGCAGAAAACAAAGCCAAAAAUGAGCACCUGCAGAAAGAGAAUGAAAGACUCCUGAGAGACUGGAAUGCGGUCCAGGAACGAUUUGAAAAAUGUGUGAAUGCCAAAGAAGGCUUGGAGAUUGAUCUUUACAAGAGGUUUGUUCUGGUGUUGAAUGAGAAGAAAUCAAAGAUCAGAAGCUUGCAUAAAUUGUUAAAUGAAGUUCAAGAACUGGAAAAGAAUAUGCCGCAUGAAAGAGAAGCUACAGCCAGCUGUGAAAUCCCAGCUGCCCAAGAUCCCAUCUAUGAUGAAAGUACCGAUGAGGAAAGUGGAGACAGGUCUGAGGCCUCUGUGUCAGCUCCCGCCACUUUGAGCAAAGAAGACUCCAUUAUCUUGAGUCCUGAUGUCAUGGAUAUUGCUCCGAGUAGAAAGAGGAGGCAGUGGAUGCCCAAGGAUCUUGGGACAGAACCAAAAAUGGCUCUGCAGGGGAAUCAGCUUCAGGAAAUGAAAAAUGGAGCCAAAAUCUAUGAAGCUUUGGAGAAGUGCUGUUCCAUUGAGGACUAUGGAAUAAGAGUAAGUCAGAGAAGCCUGGCCAGAAGGAGGUUGUAUCUCAGUUUGGUUUUGAAGAUCCACAUGCUUCUGGGGUGGACACUGAAGACAGAUAAUAUGGAGACUAAUCGUUGAACCCAGUCUGCAGGCUUCCAGUAUUUCUUUUCACCACCUGGGGCAGCUACCAGCUUUAAGAGGCUGCAUUUUGCAGCCUGGCCGACAUGGAGGGAAGGUCACAUGACCAGGCCAGUGCCAGCAGCGUGUGAGGGAAAGGAGAUGUGCCCAUGUAGCGACUGGUCAGGCACUCCCAUGUCUCUCUCCCUGCAGCCCAGCCUCUAAGGAAAGCAUCCUGGGAGAAGACUGGGCACAGAGAUCGGAGGAAUCAUGGUCAUGGACGGUGUCGUGAAAGGGCAGCAUACCCACCAGGGACUGCUCAGCCCCCGGACUGUUGUGUGUGAGAGAAGUAAAUGUCUGUCUUCAUUGUAGCCAUGAUAUGUUUUGAAUCUCUUUGUUUGGGAUAUGCCCUAACUCAAAGGAAGAACUCUUUUAGUAGGGGAACACACUGCAUAUGUAAAAUCAUGGAGAAAGAGUCUGGAAGGCAGAGGACCAGUGUCCACAUUGUGCCAUACAUAGAAAUAGGAGUAUUAGGAAUACCUCUGGUAAGGUAGGCAGAAGUUACAUCCCGAGGCGACUUGCAUGCUAGGCUUAUUUAUUUAGGCCUCUUUGAUAAGUGCAACAAGGAACUAGUAAAAGGUCUUAAAGCAAAGAAUGGAAUAGUGAGCAGAGCUUCAGGAGAAAUUUCCUCUAAACCAUACAUUGCAUAGACAUAAAGUUUACUGAUAAGCCCUGAAGAUAGGAAGAUAGAGUAGUAAUCGUGGAAGUAUUUUCUGAAGAAUAGUGAUUGUAAUGCUAGUGUGAUUGUAAAGGAAAAGAUAGAUUGAGAAACACAUAACAUGGCCACCAAAGACUUGGGAGACCCAUCAGUUAUUGAAAGCAUUGGGGUAGGCAUGCUCUUUCCCAAAGCAAGUCAUCUGUCUUAACUUUGAAAUUCAGCCUACCGCAGAGGUUGGAUAAACAAACUUCGAUAGCCAUGGGAACUCACUUCUCCAAAGACUAGAAAAGUUUCCUUUUCUAUGUUGGUGUAUUUAUUGCUCAAGUAUACAGUGUGUAAUAUAUUAAUAUAGUAUUAUUCUACUUCAUUUUAUGUAUUUUAUAUUUACAAUGAAUUUAGCUUAUAAGUGAGCUCAUUACUUGGCAUGCUGUCCUCAAGUCAUCCUUUGAGAGAGUUCAUCCCUCUGGAAGGUGCACCAUGGCCUCCGGAAACUGCCCGAGGUAGGAUUUUUCCUUGGCACAAGGAACCAUUGUUUCUGGACAUGUAUUCUCACUGUAAUCUAAAAUCACGGAGCUUCGCUUGCUUGGGGAUAUAUGAUAUUCUGUUCAAGGGAUUACAGAGAAAAUCAACUUUUUCGCUGUCAAAAUCUAUCAAGGUUAUACUGCUGUUUUUAAAAAGUGUUUCCCCUAGGUCAUGGAUGUAUGACUUUUUAGAAAUUUCCCAAUAAUUGAGGAAAAGAUAUGAAUUGAAUUACCAAUUGAAUGGCAAACUAGUGAAGUAAUCAGAUGUUGGUAUAAAACCAAACAGUCUUAUAUAUCCCUACUUAAAGAAAAUCAUGAAAAAAUAAUUUCCUACUUAUUGAGGUUUAUUUUUGAUUAAGUAAUAAAUGAUGUCACAGAAGGCGUGGAAAUUGUUGAAGAGAACACAUUAUCUGUUCUCACCUGCAACUCCAGUUGCAAGUAGGCAACUGGAAAUCUCAUACAUCUGACUGAAUAAUAAGGUGCUCAUUCAAGUCAAAGUAUACUUUUGGAGUCCUUGCACAUAACCUAUUGGGAAUAUACAACAAUAAUUUCCAGAGAAGGAAAGCAAACAUAACAAAGGGAGGUAAACAGCAUUACAGGUCAUCACUUAGACUCUGACUGUUGGCCUCUCUUAUUUGCACCUUACUGUAGUGAUGUGCGUGGGGACCUCAUGCACAGCACAGAGUCAGAGAGGGCAGGUACCUUCCUUCCAGAAGGACAGUGUGGAGUUGGGGAACAGGACCGAUUAGCAAUUACAAUACAGUGUGCCAGUGAGGCUCUGUGAUACAGUAGUGGCUGGUGCCUUUGGAAUGUCUAAUAAAAAUGAACACUACAGGAAGGCACAGUGAGCAAAGAAAAAGGUAUUACCAAGGAUGGAUAUACACAUAAUGAGGAAGGCAUAUUACAUUUGAUGGAGUUUAGAAAUUUACUUCCAAAGUCUGGAAUUUGAUGUAAAUUGAUAGUUAUAAAAGAAAAGCCGGAUGCAUGGAUUAUAGGAAGUAUUCAAUAAUUAUCUAAUAAGUGGAUUUUUUUUUGAUGAGGGAAAGGAGAUAUUAAGUGGCUGUCGUCCAUCUGAAUCUUCCUUUUCUUAAGUGGUCUUACUGUGUACACAGUAAGUAAAGCCUGAAAUUCGAGUCAAAUGUAACUUCUCUCUUUCCCUCGGCCCCACAUUACAUUCAUCUGUUGGUCAUGCUUCCUGCUACUAAAAUACCACUGAGACUCUAAUCACUUAUUUGCCACUUCCUUGCAGUUGUUUUUCACUGCCACAAACUCAGCCAGAGCCGGAGUCUUCGCUCACCUGGACAACUGCAACCUUUGUGCUAUUGUCUCCCCAUUUUCUCUUCUUAACCUCUCAUUCAAGGGUGGAAAACUCAUGGCGUGCGUGCCGCAGUGGGCUGUUUGUUAUCACUGAAAGCCCCAAAGGUUCGCCAUCACUGCUCUGAUCCAUUGUCCACAGUGAACUUCUGAAAGCGGAUUUGGAGUAUAACUUUAUAUUUCACCUUAUCUCUCCUGAUUCCUAUCCCUUCCCUAGAAUACCUCAGUGUUUUCCCAUUAUAAUUAAAAUCUAAACUCAUUACCAUAUGCUAGUUGCUCUGAGUGACUUUCUGGAAACUAAUUGUGUGAUUUAUUCAUUUGUUUACAAAAAUACUGGAACUAGAGAUAUCAUGCUUACCAUGUGCAA